AUGACGAGGAAGGGGUUGAGGAGCUUCUUGCCUUACUCCUCCUCAUUCGGUCGGCUGCUUUACCACCACCACCACCAUAGCGGCAGCCCGUCGCCGGCAGCGUCUCCUCGGCCUCUGCAGCAGGCUUCCUCGGAAGCGCUGAUGGCAGAGUACAUGGCGGCGGAGGAGGCGGCGGAGGCUAUAGUGACCCAGUGGCGCCCGGACGCCAAGAUUACUUCUUUGUUCCGUGAUGAUCGCGCGGAGGCACGCGAGUUCCUCGCCGCCGUCCGUAGCGUCCAUAGAUACAUGCUGUUCGUUGUCUCCGCCGGCGAUUCGCCGGCGUCCAAACCGGCACUGGUAAGAGGACAAACGGUGUUGCAGUGCGCCAUGGACCGCCUCGAGAAGGAGUUCUAUCGGAUCCUUGCCGCCAACCGCGACCGCCUCGACCCCGAGUCCCUCUCCAUCCGCUCCUCCACCCGAUCCAGCGUCUCCGACGACGCGGAGGAGGAGGAGGAGCAGGAGGAGGAGGUCGAUGGUGAGGCGGCCAUCGCCGUAGCCGACCUCCGAGCCAUUGCCGAGACCAUGAUCUCCGUCGGGUACGGCAAGGAGUGCGUCCGGGUUUACAAGAUCAUCCGGAAGUCGGUCGUCGACGAGGACCUCUACCGCCUUGGAUUCGAACGGCCGGCGCCUAAUUUGCAUGUCCACAAGCUCGAUUGGACGCUGGUCGAGAUAAAAAUACGAUCUUGGAUCGCCGCUUCGCGUGUGGCCGUCACCGCCCUGUUCGCCGGAGAGAGGAUGCUCUUGGACCACGUCUUCUCCGGCUUCGACACCGUAAGAGAAGCCGUGUUCGUCGAUAUCGUCGGAGAGGCGGCGAGGGAGUUCUUCCGUUUCCCAGAGCUGGUGGCGAAAUCCAAACGGUCAACGGAGAGGAUUUUCCGGAUCCUGGAGCUCCACGAAGCCGUCUCGGAGCUGUUGCCGGAAAUUAAGCCGGUGUUCUCGUUCGUGUCGACGGUCACUGUCCGGGACCAAGCCCUAUCCUCGCUCGCUAAACUGGCCGAGCUCGUCCGCGAUACUCUCGCUGAGUUCGAGGCGGAGGUACACAAGGAGCAUUCCAAGAUGAUUGCUCCGGGCGGCGGGAUUCACCCGCUCACUCGUCGCACGAUGGAUUACAUCGCCAAGCUCGCCGACCACGAUUCCACCCUCGCAGAGAUCUACGCGGAGUUCCCAUUUCAAAAAUCUACUCUCCACCCGAAUUUCUUUUUCGAUGCGUCGGACUCUGCAUCGGCGGCGGAGAAGACAGGGGCGCCGUCGUUUGCGUCCUUAUCCUCGUUUUCUUCUUCCUCCUCCUCCUCCUCGUCCUCCUCCUCCGGUAAUCGAUCGGGGAUCGCCGGUCGGUUGGCGUUGCUGAUUCUGGCGCUCCUCGCCAAGCUCGACGGCAAGGCGGCGGCGUACCGGCAUGCAGGCCAAUCAUACCUUUUCCUGGCGAACAACCUCCAGUACAUCGUGAACAUGAUCCGCCACUGCCGGCUGAGGGGUUUAUUAGGCGAGGAGUGGUUGGCGCGGAACGCCGCGAAAGCGAGGCGGCAUACAGCGGAUUACGAAAGGGUGUCGUGGGGGAAGGUAGCAGCGGAGGUUCCGUCAGUGGAGGUCGGCGCUGGAGUGGCGCGGGUACAGAUGCGGGCAUUCGUGGCGGCGGUGGAGGCGACGUGCGCUGCGCAGGCCGGGUGGGUGGUGGCGGACGCGGGGAUGAGGGAGGAGGUGAGGGAGGCGGUGAGGGAAAUGGUGCUGCCUGCGUAUCGGGGGUUCUACCAGCGGUGGAAGGCGGCGGUGGAGGAGGGCGAGGCAGCGAAGUUGUCGCCCGAGAUUGUGCGCCAGCGGCUCGCGGAGCUCUUCUCCGGUUCCGACGAAGCUGGUUCCGGUUCGUUCUCGAGUUCUUCGGAGUCCCGUUCAUCCCGGUCCGAAGCGUCAUCCAGGUCCCUAUAA